AUGGGAGCUAAAUUAGAAAUUCCUAAAGGGUAUGGUCCUUAUGUUUUUCGUAUACAUGGACAAGUUUAUCAUAAUACAUAUGCUCUUCAUCCUAAUGAUGGUGACAGUUUAAAAUAUGGUCAGCUGUAUAUUCUUGAUACUAAUGAAGCUGUAUUUGAACGAUUAAAAAAUGAAUCGAAUAAAAAAUGUUUACCAUCAUUACUGGAAGGAAUAGAUAAAUUAUUAAGAGAGGUUAGUCCAUUUGCAGAUGCCUUGAAAAUGAUGAGAGAAGUAGAAUUAGAAGAAGAAACUAGAGCGAAAUUGGAAAAUAAACCUAUAAGGGAUAUUCAAAUGUGGAUCAAACGGGAUAGAUCAUUAAAUCAAAGUAAAUUCAAUGUACCAUCUUGUAAUGAAGUAGCAGUUGUAUUUGUGAGUGAAAAUGGUGAACCUCCAGUGGAUCGUGAUAUAUGUAUACAUCCAAAAGGUUCUGAAAGUAUUCCCAUUUCUAUUCUUAGUGCAAACGCUGAUCCUAUGAUAUAUCCUUUAAUGUUUCCUUCAGGUGAUUCAGGAUGGACUGUAAACAUUAAGCAAAUUAAUAGUGUUCGUAAUGUUAUUGCUUUACAAUUUUAUAUGUAUCGCCUUUCUUACAGAGGAAUGUUUAAUCCAUGUACGCAAAUGGGAAAAUUAAGUCAACAAUUUAUAGUUGAUAUUUGGUCAAAAGUCGUAGCUGGACGCAUAAGUUUCAUUUAUAAAAAUCAAAAACAACUUCGAGUAGAAAUGUACUGUGGAUUAAUGGAUUAUGUACAUAAUAAAGCAAAUAGAGAAAAUGUAAAACCAGGAAGAAUAAUUAUUUUACCAUCAACAUUUACUGGAGGACCACGUUCGUAUCAAUAA